AUGCCAGCGGAGCUUCAUGCUGUAAUAGAUUCUGCCAAGCUGGAAAGGCUUUCCAUGGGCACCGAGGAAGGAACUGGACAGGAUUUACGGAACUUGGACAACGGAUCGGAUCGACAACGAUUUCAGUGUAAUGGAAGGGUCAAGCGUCAAACGUUUGUGGCUACUCACAACACCAGAACGAUAUCGUUCGAUUACCAAGCGUAUGUUGAAAAGACAGUAAAGAUUAAGGUCGACGUUAUUAGAAUCUCCGAAGCAAGACGUAACGAAGAGCUUGCAGCCGAAUGGCACACAGGAGACCAGCAUUUUGCAACGAGUCGAGGGCAGAUAUCUGCCUCCGCUACGAACAACACGCAGUCCACAGGAGAGGCCGAAGAAGAAUUCGAAAAAUUCUUUGAAGAAGUAGAAAAGGCUGUAAAUACAAGAUCAGCAUGUACAAUUAAGAAUUCAUACGAAGCAAUCAAAGACGCGAGCGAGGAGGCUCCGUCAAGAAGAUCGACGGGACUACAAAGCCAUACGAAACAACUGAUGGCUGUUAGAGCCCGCAUGAUUGUUGAGGGGAUAGCAGAAGGAGAUGAAUACAAGUUGCUAUGUGAAGAAAUACGAAGGUUACAGAAGUGCAAUCGCCUGCCGCAAGAGAGGAAAUACCGAUCGUGA